AUGAUAGCAAUCUUAGAAGAAUUGGAAAAUCACAAGAAAGUGAUAAGGAUAUGGUUUCUGAUUGUCCUGGGAUGCUUGAUUUUAGCUGUCCUGACAACUUUCAAGGACUACGAAACCGCAUCCGGAAAUUGGUUGUUACUGUUGGAAACCUUUGCCAUUUUCAUCUUUAAAUGACCCCUGAAUAUAAGCUCUUCUCCCUCCUAUACUUACUACCAUUCAGGUUUCAGAGGACCUCUGAGAUCUUCUCUGUGCUUCACAGAUAUCUUUGUGCUGAUCGCCUCUGUGCCGGUGGUGGCCGUUGGAAACCAAGGCAAUGUCCUGGCGACGUCCCUCAGAAGUCUCCGUUUCCUUCAGAUCCUACGAAUGCUCCGCAUGGACCGGAGAGGCGGCACCUGGAAGCUUUUGGGCUCGGCCAUCUGCGCGCACAGCAAAGAACUCAUCACAGCCUGGUACAUUGGAUUCCUGACUCUGAUCCUCUCCUCGUUCCUGGUGUACCUGGUGGAGAAGGAUGUGUUUCAGAAAGAUGCAGAGGGAAAGGAGACGAAGGAGUUUGAAACCUACGCCGAUGCACUAUGGUGGGGACUGAUUACGCUGGCAACCAUCGGCUAUGGUGAUAAGACCCCCAAAACAUGGGAAGGACGCCUGAUCGCAGCAACUUUCUCUCUUAUUGGAGUUUCGUUUUUUGCUCUUCCAGCCGGCAUUUUGGGUUCAGGCCUAGCUUUGAAAGUGCAGGAACAGCAUCGCCAGAAGCACUUUGAGAAGAGACGAAAGCCAGCUGCAGAACUCAUACAGGCUGCCUGGAGGUACUAUGCUACGAAUCCUAACAGGCUGGACCUCGUCGCCACUUGGAGGUUUUAUGAAUCAAUCAUAUCAUUCCCGUAUUUCAGGAAAGACCAGGUGGACGGUUCCAGCCAAAAGCUGGGUCUCUUGGAUCGGGUUCGUGGUACCAAUACUAAAGGAAAGCUAUUUACCCCUCUGAAUGUAGAUGCAAUUGAAGAAAGCCCUUCUAAAGAGCCUAAGACUGUUGCCUUGAAUAAUAGGGAGCGUUUUCGUACCGCGUUCCGAAUGAAAGCGUACGCAUUCUGGCAAACCUCUGAAGAUGCUGGAACUGGGGAUCCUCUGGCAGACGACAGAGGGUACGGCAGUGAGUUCCUCACUGAAGACAUGAUCCCCACUCUGAAGGCAGUCAUCCGAGCUGUCAGGAUACUCCAGUUCCGCCUCUAUAAGAAAAGAUUCAAGGAGACCUUGAGGCCUUAUGACGUAAAGGAUGUGAUAGAGCAGUAUUCAGCGGGACAUCUAGACAUGCUUACCAGAAUCAAAUACCUUCAAGCAAGAAUAGAUAUGAUUUUUGCUCCUGGACCACCAUCUACUCCCAAACAUAAGAAAUCUCAAAAGGGAGGGACAUUCUCUUACCCUUCGCAGCAACAGUCUCCAAGGAAUGAGCCGUACAUAGCCAAAGCAUCCACAGUAGAUCCCGAAGACCAAAGUAUGAUGGGAAAAUUCGUCAGAGUCGAAAGACAGGUUCAUGACAUGGGAAAGAAACUGGAUUUUUUAGUCGAUAUGCACAUGCAACAUGUGGAGCAGCUGCAGGUCCAGGUCACAGAGGUGUGCCCGUCGAAAGAUCUUGCAUCCCUAGCUGAGGAUAACAGAUAUUCUGAACUGAAGUCCAUAAUUUACAAAUACUCUGAGCCUUCCAUUCAUGAAUUGCCUCCAAGCUUCCACCCAGUUCCCGUGAACAAGGUUCCACCUUUUGGCUUCUCCACACAGGACCGUGGGGGCGGUCCACUUUCAUUGCCCUUAUGUAGUCAAAACUCUGGUAGGUUGCCGGCCACACCAUUCUCGACUUCAUACCGUGAGAGGCCGACCGUUUUGCCUAUACUUACCUUCAUGGACCCUCACGUUUCCUACCAGUCACCUCCAGGAGACUUUCGGAGUCCCCACGCAGAGAGGAUCUCUUCAAGACAGAAACACAGCCUAACGAGAGACAGUGAUACCCCAUUGUCCCUUCUCUCUGUCAACCACGAGGAACUCGAACGUUCACCAAGUGGAUUCAGCAUCUCCCAAGACAAAGAAGAUUUCCCUUUUGGGCCAAAUGGUGGGUCAAGUUGGAUGAAAGAGAAAAGGUAUUUAGCAGAGGGUGAAACGGACACCGAUACUGAUCCAUUUACACCCAGUGGCUCUAUGCCUCUGUCGUCAACGGGUGAUGGGAUUUCUGAUUCGGUAUGGACCCCUUCAAACAAGCCAGUUUAA